GACUCGCUAGUGCGCGAGUGCGCCCUCACGUCCCUCGCCCGAACUUUCUCGGCUCUUACAUGUUUCAGCCGAAGCACACUAGCUAGAUCUAUCAACCUCACUUCGAUCAUUGUUUCAGCAUGGAUAACCACCUUAAAUCGCCCUUGAUCUCCCUACUGCUCUUUUGCACUGCCACAACAGUAGCAUACCCUGCUUGCAGUGAAAUACUAUCUCACAAGGUGAGCAAACAUUUUGUAUCAUACAGCCCACAGCCAAGGGAUUUCCCAAAUGAACAACUUUAUCGCGCCUACUUCGUCAUCCAGCGCUUCAAGAACACCAUCACCGGCGACCCCAAGAAUAUCACCGCCACUUGGACUGGUCAUGAUAUCUGCGGAAAGACAUCCUAUGUUGGUUUCUACUGCGGAGCACUGCCAGGGCGAGAUAACAAGUUGACAGUCACAGCGGUCAUUUUGAAUGGCUACAAUCUACAUGCACCUAGGUUGCAUGGGUUUGUAGAUCAGCUACCCGAUCUCGCGCUUUUCCAUGCUGCUUCCAACAAUUUUGGUGGCGACGUCCCCCGCCUUGCCGGCCUAGGAUACAUGUACGAUAUAAGUGUUAGUAAUGAUCAUCCCAUACAUACACUUAUUGACACAUAUGGGGCGCAAGGCGCAGGUAGUAUCAACGUUGUGUCUCAGUGUGUAACUGCUACCAUAAACUUCAAUUUUCAUUUGGGAAUUCCCGGCAGUAAGGAAGGGAAGCAUAGUACUGGAGCUACGGAUGCUAAGGCGCUCCUUCUGAACCACAACAACUUGUCGGGGCCACUUCCUUCGAACAUUGGUUUCUCCAAGUUGAGCUACCUCGCCCUCGCCAACAACAAGCUCACCGGGCCAAUUCCAUCGUCAAUCAUCCACCUGCAAGACUCCCUCUUCGAGGUGCUCCUUCUCAACAACCAACUCUCCGGCUGCCUCCCCCACGAGCUCGGCAUGCUCACCAAGGCGGCCGUGAUUGACGCCGGGAUGAACCAGCUCACUGGCCCAAUCCCGUCGUCCUUCUCCUGCCUCAGCAGCGUCGAGCAGCUCAACCUGGCCGGGAACCGCCUCUACGGUCAGGUACCCGACGCACUCUGCAAGCUCGCUGGGCCCGCUGGCCGCCUCGCCAACCUCACGCUGUCCGGCAACUACUUCACCUCCGUCGGUCCGGCGUGCGCGACGCUGAUCAAAGACGGCGUGCUGGACGUGAAGAACAACUGCAUUCCGGGCCUCGCCAACCAGAGGCGCGCGGCGGAGUGCGCGGCGUUCCAGAGCCAGCCAAAGACGUGCCCGGCGGCGAGCACCACCCAGGUGACAUGCCCCGCCGCAGCUGCCAUGGAUGCGGCGGCGCCAGGGGAGAGGAAGGUCAGGGACUACUCCAGCUACGUGACGUACGCUACUCUGCACGACUGAGCCACAUCGGCAUGCAGUAGGAGACAGAAUGCCUUGGUGGCAUUUUGGCUAUUUGUUCUUGUAAUUCAUGAUGCGUGUACACUAGUGUGUCUUGGUGUUGUUGUAGUUGUUGUCUAUUUGCAUUGGACGUGUGUUGCUGUCACAUCCUAGAUCAUCCCAUCAUUUGUACUGCCACGUCCAUUAUUAUUGUAUGAAAAAUGUUGUUUGUGUACCUGUCUUGGAUAUGUUCCACGCUUCCAUGUUGCUUAAACUGUGUAAUUUCGGAUA